CAAUACCUGAAUAAAUAUUAUGGAUGCCCGAAAGACAACUGCAACUUAUUUGUACUGAAAGAUACUUUGAAGAAAAUGCAGAAGUUUUUUGGGCUGCCUGAAACAGGAGAUUUGGAUCAAAACACAAUUGAGACAAUGAAGAAACCUCGCUGUGGUAACCCAGAUGUGGCCAAUUACAACUUCUUUCCAAGAAAGCCAAAAUGGGAAAAAAACCAUAUAACAUACAGGAUUAUAGGCUAUACCCCGGAUUUGGAUCCUGAGACAGUAGAUGAUGCCUUUGCCCGAGCCUUUAAAGUUUGGAGUGAUGUCACACCACUGAGAUUUAACCGAAUAAACGAUGGAGAAGCAGACAUUAUGAUUAAUUUUGGCCGAUGGGAACAUGGUGAUGGCUAUCCGUUUGAUGGCAAAGAUGGUCUCCUGGCUCACGCCUUUGCACCGGGGCCAGGAAUUGGAGGAGACUCCCAUUUUGAUGAUGAUGAACUGUGGACUCUUGGAGAAGGGCAAGUGGUUAGAGUAAAGUAUGGAAAUGCAGAUGGUGAAUACUGCAAAUUUCCCUUCUGGUUCAAUGGUAAGGAAUACAACAGUUGCACAGAUGCAGGACGUAAUGAUGGAUUCCUCUGGUGUUCCACAACUCAAGACUUUGAUGCAGAUGGAAAAUAUGGCUUUUGUCCCAUGAGUCUUUUUACAAUGGGUGGCAAUGGUGACGGACAGCCAUGCAAGUUUCCCUUUAAAUUUCAAGGCCAGUCCUAUGACCAGUGUACAACAGAAGGCAGGACAGAUGGAUACCGAUGGUGUGGAACCACCGAAGACUAUGACAGAGAUAAGAAAUAUGGAUUCUGCCCAGAAACUG